AUGGAUACCUUAAUUCCAUUUCUUCUUCCUCUCCUCCUUCUUCCUCUCUCUGUAUACCUCAUCUUUUCCAUCCGGAAAAGGGAUAAAAACCCUCCUCCAGGCUCCAUGGGUUGGCCGGUUCUCGGAGAAAACAUGGAGCUCGCCCGUAUAGGCUCACAGAAGCUAGUGAAAGAGAGAAUGCAAAAAUACUCUCGAGAUGCAUUCAAAACCUCCUUGUUUGGAGAGAAAAUAGCCGUGCUAUGCGGCGCACAAGGCAACAAGUUCAUCUUCAACAACCACUGCGAGCUCUUCGCUCCAUGGUCGCCUCCUUCAAUGGUCAAGGCCAUGUUCCCGGAUCUCGAAAGAACCAGGCAUCUAGAGCCAAAGGCCACUUUCUACAACUUCCACUACGACAUCCUCAAGCCGGACUCCUUGAAGAAGUAUGUCCCCAUGAUGGACUUAUUGUCUUAUGAACAUUUUGAAACCAAAUGGAGAGGUGCCUCAGUGGUGGAGGCUCUUCCGUUGGCGAAGAAGUACGCCCUCUCGUUGGCGUGCAGGAUAUUCAUGAACAUGGAGGGUUGGGAUCACACGGGCGAUUUCUUGAAAUCCUUUUCUCUUCUCACAAAAGGAAUCCUUUCUUUGCCGAUAAACUUGCCUGGGACGGCCCUGAACCGUGCGGUGAAAGGAGGGAGAGUGGUUCGUAAUGAGCUGAUGAGGAUCACGGAGGAGAGGAGGAGGGAGAUGAGGGAGGCCGAGAGCAAGGGAGAGGACUUGCUGUCGAAGAUGGUGGUGGAAACGAAUGAAGAUGGGGAAUACAUGAGUGAUAGCGCCAUUGCUAAUGUCUUUAUUGGGUUGCUUGUUGGAGCUGAGUAUGAAAUCUCUUCAUUGAUCACUAUUGUCAUAUAUUAUCUUGCUGAGCUUCCCCACAUUUACAAUCAGGUUUUGGAAGAACAAAUGGAGAUUGCGAAAUCGAAAGGCCCAAAUGAGCAUCUGACGAUGAAGGAUUUGGAGAAGAUGAAGUACACGUGGGACGUGGUGCGCGAGUGCUUGAGGCUAACACCGCCUUCACUAGGAGCAUUCAAAGAGAGCACUGCUGAAUUCACUUUUGCCGGUUUCACCAUUCCUAAAGGAUGGAAGGUAAUGUGGACGUCUCAUUCAUCCCACAUGAACCCUGACUACUUCCAGGAGCCGGAGAAGUUUGAUCCAUUACGGUUUGAGGGGAGUGGGCCGGAACCUUACACGUACGUACCGUUUGGAGGAGGAGCGCGUAUGUGCCCCGGGAGAAGCUAUACUAAGCUUGUAACAUUGGUGUUCACCCACAAUUUGGUGACAAGGUUUAGACUUGAAAAGGUCAUUCCAAAUGAAAAGAUGUUGUUCAGUGUUUCUCCUACACCAGCUCACGGCCUUCCCCUUCGCCUCCAUCCUCAUAAAAAAUAG